GGACCAGUCAUUUCAAUAGCAAUUGCCCAAAUGUUGCGCAGCGUGGUGGUGCUCCGCGGCGUUCCUCGCAGGGCGGCGGCGACGUUGGCGCGCCCAGCGUCUGUGCGUGCGUUCUCAUCUCAAGAAGGUGCGGAGGAUGGCUCGAAGAAGAAGUCGACGACGUCGCGAUUCCUCAAGCUCGCGGAUCAAAUCGAAGUGAGCAAGAUGUUGGCGCCUGGCGAAGAAGAAGUCGAGUUACCCGACGGGCACGAAGAAGAAUUCUUUGUCGACUUGAAUCCUGGUGGAGUUGGGUUGGACGAGCAGGACAACAUCCGCAUCUACGAGCAGUACAUGUCCAACCCGUUGGUGUUUACGAUCCAGAAGCUCGCGACAGACAACCGUGUGUCGGUCGAGCGCAUUGAAGCAACGAUUGUGUUCCAGGGUAUCGAGCGCGGUCUCUCGAUCAACGAACUACGUGAAAAGGUGUUCAACAUCAAGGAAGCGAAAAAGCAAGAGAUCGCCGAGGGCAUCAAGAAUCCCGUGGCGUCUCUCAAGUCGACAAAGGGCGCGAAGAAAGGUGAAAGCAACAGCAUUAUCAACACGACGCGAUCCUUCGCGGACGACGACGACGAGGUCGCUUUGCUCUCGAACGAAGAGUAUGAAGAAGCCAACAAACCGGAUCGGUUGCGCGAACCCAACUUUCUUUUCCUCCGAGACGACAUGAUGGACGAAUUGCCGCCGCUCCACCGCCAGCUCCGCAAGCAAAAGGGCACGGACCAACUGACCGUCGCGGAAGCCAUUGCGCUUCAACGCGGCGCCGAGAACAACAAGGUGACGUUGCUCCCGAGCUACUCCAAGAGUCUCAACCCGACGGGCAAGUGGAAGAUUGCGAUCAAGGACAUCUCGACCAAGAAGGCGCCGCUUUACAUUCGAGACGUCGAUGGCAGCUACCGCCUCGCGUCCGACGACGAAGUUGUCAAGCGCACGUGGGUGAAGCGGCCCCCGUUCUUCCAGGGCAUUGAGCGAUAUGUUUAAACCGGCCAGACUUGUACGAUUAAUUAGACAAACCAGGACGUGCCUUCCCA